GCCGCAAGAAAACCUUUUCCGGUACACAGCCCACCUUCCUCCCGAGCAGCGCAUGCCUAGUGUGCCUCGCGGCUUUGCUUCGCUUUCGUGCGUUUGAGUUGUAUCAGCAGGUAAGGGCAUCUGGCAAGGUGAGCUACAGUUGACUGGAGCAAACAGCACUCCGGGGGUCCCCAGGGUUCUGGGGUACGUGAAGGAGGGAGAGGGUGAGCGGUCUCGGCUCAAACACCCCCACGGCCAGGAGCCCGAGUACACCAAGCAGUCGUUUUCACUGGCCUAGAGCCGAGGGAGGAAGGGAGGCUCAUGGGAGAAGAGCAGCAACUACAAGUCCCAGCAUGCAGUGCGCAAUUGGCUCCCGGAGUGACCCGCGGGGCGCUGGGACCCGCCUCGGUGCACAUCCGGGCCGACCGCUGCAGACUGACCGGACAGACAUGGCAUGAGGAAGGAGGCUAUAAUACUGUGAACGAGCCCUCAGCCAGGACUCCCUGAUGCCGGCUGUUUUGGGAGCCCCUAGCAUGCUGGACAGUCCCGGCUCUGGGCAGCUCGUGGGACUCGGCGGUUGUCGGACCCCUACGGUCCUAGUUCCUUUUGCGUCGCUACGGAACGGCGGAGCCGGAUGUGGCGUAGGCGGGGAGGAAGAAGCGAGAGGCGGAGCGCUGCGCCGCGCUGUGACGUCCUCGCAAGAUGGCGGAGAGAGAGUGAAGGAACUGUUCCCUCUGAGUGGCUACCGAUCAAGGGUGAAAUUCCAUUCUGAUACCAAAAUGCAGUAUUCACACCACUGUGAGCACCUUUUAGAGAGACUGAACAAACAGCGAGAAGCAGGUUUUCUUUGUGACUGCACCAUAGUGAUUGGGGAAUUCCAGUUUAAAGCCCAUAGGAAUGUGCUUGCCUCCUUUAGUGAGUAUUUUGGUGCGAUAUACAGAAGCACUUCUGAGAACAAUGUUUUUCUUGAUCAGAGUCAGGUGAAGGCUGAUGGAUUUCAGAAACUGUUGGAGUUUAUAUACACAGGAACUUUAAAUCUUGACAGUUGGAAUGUUAAAGAAAUUCAUCAGGCUGCUGACUAUCUCAAAGUGGAAGAGGUGGUAACUAAAUGUAAAAUUAAAAUGGAAGAUUUUGCUUUUAUUGCUAAUCCCUCUUCUACAGAGAUAUCUAGUAUUACUGGAAACAUUGAAUUGAAUCAGCAGACUUGUCUUCUUACUCUACGAGAUUAUAACAAUCGGGAAAAAUCAGAAGUGUCUGCAGAUUUAGGUCCUGUAAAUCCUAAACAAGGAGCUUUAGCAAAGAAGUCAUCUCAAACUAAAAAGAAGAAAAAGUCUUUCAAUUCCCAGAAAACAGGACAGACUAAACACUCUAUGUCUAACAUAGCCAGUGUAAAGAGUCCUUAUGAGCUGGAGAGCUCUGGGGAAGAGCUGGAUCAGAGGUAUCCCAAGGCCAAGCCAAUGUGUAACACAUGCGGGAAAGUAUUUUCCGAAGCCAGCAGCUUGAGAAGGCAUAUGAGAAUACAUAAAGGAGUCAAACCUUACGUCUGCCACUUGUGUGGAAAGGCAUUCACCCAGUGUAACCAGCUGAAAACACAUGUACGAACUCAUACAGGUGAGAGGCCAUACAAAUGUGAAUUAUGUGAUAAAGGAUUUGCUCAGAAAUGCCAGCUGGUCUUCCAUAGUCGCAUGCAUCAUGGUGAGGAAAAACCUUAUAAAUGUGAUGUAUGCAAUUUACAAUUUGCAACUUCUAGCAAUCUCAAGAUUCAUGCAAGGAAGCAUAGUGGAGAGAAGCCAUAUGUUUGUGAUAGAUGUGGACAGAGAUUUGCCCAAGCCAGCACACUGACCUAUCAUGUCCGAAGACAUACUGGAGAAAAGCCUUAUGUAUGUGACACCUGUGGGAAGGCAUUUGCAGUCUCUAGUUCACUUAUCACUCAUUCACGAAAACACACAGGUGAAAAACCAUACAUAUGUGGUAUUUGUGGGAAAAGUUUUAUUUCCUCAGGAGAGCUCAACAAACACUUUCGAUCCCAUACAGGAGAAAGACCAUUUAUCUGCGAAUUAUGUGGAAAUUCUUAUACAGAUAUUAAAAAUUUAAAGAAGCACAAAACAAAAGUCCAUUCUGGUGCAGAUAAAACUCUAGAUUCCAGUGUAGAGGAUCAUACUUUGAGUGAACAAGAUUGCAUACAAAAAAGUCCUUUGUCAGAAACUAUAGAUGUGAAGCCUUUUGAUAUGACUCUACCAUUAGCUCUUCCACUUGGGACUGAGGACCACCACAUGCUUCUUCCUGUCACAGAUAAUCAGUCUCCUACAUCAGAUACAUUGUUGAGGUCAACUGUGAAUGGGUAUUCAGAACCACAGUUGAUCUUUUUACAACAAUUAUACUGACUUUGUGAGAAAUAUGGAAUUGCUAAGACAUCUCUGGUAGUAAACACACAUCUCUGGUAAGAUGCAUAUAUUCAUAUUAAAUUCCCAUUCAUUUGAGUUGUGACCAUUAUUUUUCAUUCACUGAAGUAAAAACACUGAUGCUGCAUCAAAACUGCAGUGCUUGUUUUGAUUUUUGGCUUUUAUGUCUAAAUAAUACAAAUAGCUUUUUAAAGAAUGAAUUAUACUAUGGUAGCACUAUUUUGGAUGGGUAUGUUUUAUUCUCUUAAAGCUUCCUCAGUUCCAUUUUAGAAUUACUCUUUACUUACUGAAGUAGAAUAAGUCAGUUUUGUAAUUCUAUUUUGAAUAUGGGAUUUUUUUUUUUUAUUCUUCGCCCUUCAAAACUUAAGCAAAAUCUAUGGUAUCAGUCCUCAAAGUGUUGCUAUUUGUAAACCCCAGAGAUCAGUACAUAAAUGAUGGAGACAAAUUGAUACUUCAUAUUUCUGCUUAUGAAAAUUUAGGUAUUGAAUAAGAAAGUGCAAUUUCUCUAUAAUAUGUUCCAUUAAAGGUAACUUUUCUAAAUGAAGCCAAAAGAAGUUUCUCUUAAAAGAUAGAAAACUGUACAUAAACUUUUGUUGAUUUAGAACUCAGUAUUCGAGAGAAAAUCAGUGGUCAGUUGAGUCAGUGUUUUGGUUCAAGUCACUUGAAAUUAUAUUUUUAAAACAUACGUGGUGUUUUUAUCUAGUCAAAUGACAGUUUUAAAAUUUGAUUCAGUUUAUUUUUUAUUAGGUUUGUAGAUUACUGGAAAUAAGGAAUAUAUACCAAGUUUUUAAAAAAUUUUGAUAAUCCUGUCUUAUGUCUGUUAUGCACUUUUAAAAAAUAAAUACUAAAUUCUAAAAAGAAUUUUCUAGAUACAAAACACAUAGUAGAAAUCACUUAGUUUCUAAAUUUGAUGUUACUUUGCAUAAAGAAACUUGCCUAGGAUGCCUGAGGCCCUGAAUUCAGCCCCAGUACUGCAAAAAAGGAAAAAAGAAACUCUUCAAUUUUCAGAAACUAACUUCAAUUCUAAUAUUUUGGGUUAAACAUUUUAUAUUUGAGUUUUCUGUAAGCUUUGUUUUUAAAUUUUAUAAAUCACACCACAACUUUUACUUGUCAUAGUUUCACAGUGGUUCUUUUCCUUCCAAGUGAACAUAGAAAAUUUAAUAUUAUCCUAUUUGCUACCACUCUUCCCCACCUCAUUUUUCCUACAUUUUAAUUUAUUUUAC